AUGCGUCUGGAAGGAUAUGCUGUCCUAAAACCAGAUCCUCCAGUUGUAGGUGAGGUCACACAUCACAGCAUUCAAUUAUCCUGGGAUUUAGAAAACAAAACGGAAAGAAAAGGACCUCAAGAGCAAUGGUUAAAGUAUUCCAUUGAAGAAGAAGACCCAAAAGUACAUACCUAUGGUACCAUUUAUAGAGGAUAUGCUAGACAGUUUGUCGUGGAUGGUCUUGAACCAAGAACAGCUUACAGAUUUCGAUUGAAGGUCACUACCCCUGAAGGCCAAAAUACUUAUAGUUCUGCUGUCUCUGUAUCAACUACUAGAGAGCCAAUGAGCGGAGAGCAACUCCAUCGAGCUGUCAGUAUGAAUGAUGUAGAUGCAGUUCUCAACAUUCUUCAGCGAGGACAUGUAAAGGUAGAUGUUCCUGAUAAGCUAGGCUUUACUGCUCUGAUGGUGGCUUCACAGAAAGGAUAUGAUAGGCUUGUGGAAAUAUUGGUAGAGAAGGGAACAGAUGUUAAUCAGAAGAAUGGAAGUGGAAAAGACAGCCUAAUGUUAGCUUGUUUUGCUGGUCACCUGAAUAUCAUUAAAUAUCUAAAAGCACAAGGUGCUUCUUGGGAAGCCAGAGAUCUAGGAGGUUGCACAGCUUUGCAUUGGGCUGUAGAUGGAGGACAUUGCGAGGUUGUUGAAUGGAUGAUUAAUGAUGGCUGUCAGGUAGAUACUAAAGAUGCAUGCUUAGAAUGGACACCAUUGAUGAGAGUAUCUGCAGUAACAGGGAAGAAGGAUGUGGCAUCACUUUUAAUCAAAGCGGGAGCAGAUGUAAAUGUGAAAGAUAAAGAUGGCAAGACCCCUUUAAUGGUAGCAGUACUAAAUAACCACGAAGAACUCAUUCAGUUGCUGCUGGAAAAUGGAGCAAAUCCUAAUGUUAAAAAUGAGUAUGGCAAAGGUCUUCUGGAAAUGGCGAGAAGUUUUCACAGGCAGGGCUUGGCUGCCUUGUUAGAAGAGAAGAUUAAAAAAAAAAAAAAAGAGGAGUCUGACUCUCAGCUAUCUGAAGUAACUCAGUAAAUGAAAGGGGGUGUUUUUCCAUCAUUAAGAUGGAAACUUGAAGACUGGCCUUCAGUUAUGUACUAAACUGUACCUGUUUACUUCCUACUAUUCAGCUGCCGCAGAUUCUUGAGUACUCAUUAAAAUGUGCAGUUCAGCUUCCUGUCAAGAAUAUUGUCUUGCAUCUGUGUGCAUGUUGUGU